AUGUCUACCCAACAAGGUUUCUGUUCCCCCGACCUGAAAACCCAUAGGAAGAACCUACCAUCCCUCUUUGCAGUUGCUCAACCAUUCCUUCGCGAUGAGCUAGAGAAAAUCGACCCAGAGAUCCCAUCCUUUCUCUCCAUCCUACGCUCAGCCGGUGCCGGUGAGCGUCACCACAAGAACGGGGCAUUCCUAGCUCACCUGCUCAAUUUCCAUCGCAUUGUCCGACUGUGGGGUGCGCCCUUUGACAUCGCUCGAUGUGGCCUUUUCCACUCAUUGUAUGCCAACUCAUACGUCAACGUCUCCAUCUUCGAACCAAGCACAACCCGUGAGGACGUGCAGCGGCUCAUCGGCGCACCAGUUGAACGUCUAGCUUUCCUGUUCUGCGCCGUCCCGCGCCACAAGCUCAUCCACGAAGAGCUCCACUUCCAGUACACCGACGCGGAGCUGAGGGAUCACCUAGCUGCCUCUGACCUGUCCAUCAAGACAGCUAGGGAGACCAGCACAUUUGACGCGUCUAAGCCAUGGCGCAAGAAGAUCUGCAAGCUUCUUCCACCAAAGGGCAUCGAAGCAAGGCACUUCAAGACUGGUGAACCCAUAUCACUUUCACGCAGGAUCAUAGCACUCUUUAUUCUGAUGACUAUCGCCGACAUCUGCGACCAGUACAUUGAUUACCAAGACAAGCUGUAUGAUAACGAGAAUGGCCGGCUGGAGUUCCGCGGCAACAACUGGGGUGCUCUGUGGCCAGGAACUUGCAAGCCCGGUCUCUGGAUGAAUGCAGCAUCAAGGCUGGGAGUUCUCUACAACCUCAUCCUUAGAGAGGAAGAUUUACACUCAGGAGAGGAACAAGAUGGGAGAGACUAUCCGCCUCGACCGAGACGAAGAAAUCAUGCUGGUGAUCCCACCGGUGUUUAA